AUGGCAACGAUCGCUAACGGGGCGACCAACGGAGUCGCGAAUGGCGAUGUCGCCGCCGGCCCCGUCAGCAUCCGAUUUUCUGACAUCCCCUCGGCAAUAGACAUCCCCGUUCAGGGCGAUCAAGAAGACGAAGCCGUCGAAAUCGAUCUCGAAGAUCUAGUUGAUGACCCAACUGAGCUGUGUACCCUCUUCGAAAACGAACAUGCGGCGAAAACGUACUGGAUGACCGUCUCCCUUGCGUACGCGAAGCAACACAAAAUCGACCACGCCAUCGAGAUGCUCAUCCGUGGUGGCGGCGCUAUCCAAAGUAAUGCUAGCAACCCACGCGACAAGGUCAGCAUGAUAUGCUGUCUCUGCUGGAUGUACCUCUGGAAGAGUCGCGAAGCUCCGCGUGUUGCCCCCGACGGAAUACGUGUCUCCGAGGCCAAAACCAAAGAAUACUACCUUCAGCUUGCGACAUCGUCGCUAAACGACGCCGCGCGACUCAACCCGUCAUUUCCGCCCAUCUUCCUCGCCCGCGGUGUUUUGCUUCUACUAAGAGCGUCACUUCAAGCCCCGUCGAAAACCGCUGGCGGCAUUGGCUCCGAAAAGCAGGAGCUCUUGAAAACCGCCGUCAAAUCCUUCGAUGACGCGCUCAGAGUUUCUCAAGGCAAGAACAUGCUUGCUUUGAUGGGCAAGGCGCGCGCAUUUUUCUCUUUACAGAAAUACCCCGACUCUUUGGCUAUCUACCAAGAUGUAUUGCAGAAGAAGCCGGAUCUGGUCGAUCCUGAUCCGCGCAUCGGCAUCGGUUGCUGUUUCUGGCAGCUUGGGUUCAAGAAAGAUGCCAAGACUGCUUGGGAAAGAAGCCUUGAGAUCACCCCAGACUCCAAGGUCGCUAACAUUCUGCUUGGUCUAUAUCACCUUGAUGCUAGUGGCCACGUCCCAGUCAAUAGCGAGGACUUUGUGAAGUUGUACAAAAAGGCCAUGACCGAGUAUACCCAAAAAUCAUUCAAACUCGACAAGGAUCUCCCUUUGACCUGUUCGACAUUCUCCAACUACUUUCUCUCUCGCAAAUCGUGGGACAACGCCGACAAGCUGGCUCACAAGGCCAUUCAGUAUACCGACGUCAACGCCAUUGCCAGUGAUGGCUGGUAUGUUCUGGCCAGAAAGGCCCACUACCAUGGUGAUACAGAGAAUGCCAACGACUUCUACCGGCGAGCCGAUGAUGCGCGCGGAGGAACAGAUACUGGCUACUUCCCUGCCAAAUUUGGUGCUGCACAACUAUCGGUGAUGAAAAAUGACCUCGGCGAAGCUAAGCUGCGCCUUGAAAAGAUGAUACAACAAUCAAAAAGCCAUGAAGCCAUGAUUCUUCUCGGCACACUGUACGCCGAGGAGAUUUUUGCCAACCAAGCAAGCGAUGCCAAGGAGGACAAAUCAGCCGAGAUGAAGAAGGCCAUUAAUCUCCUGGAAGCGGUCAGAAGUGCCUGGAAGAAUGCGAAAAGAAACAUCUCUCCCGACGCUUCUGUCCUGCUCAAUCUCGCACGGCUCUAUGAGACCGAUAACCCUGAAAAGGCGCUCCAGUGCUUGCAGCAAGUAGAGCAGCUGGAGCUGGAACAGAUCCCUUCUUCAGAAUACCCCGAGGGCGUUACAGAGGAAGCAGAAGUGCAGACUGCUAUACGCAAAUUCCUUCCUCCCCAACUCCUGAACAAUAUUGGCUGCUUCCACUUCCAGGCCGAGAAGCACGUGCUGGCGAGCGAAAUGUUCGAGGCAGCCCUCGGUGCAUGCCUGAAAAUGAGCGAAAAAGACAGCACGGUUGAUACCGAUGCCCUAGUGUCGUCAAUUAGCUUCAAUCUUGGCCGCAGUUACGAGUCUCAAGGUCUCUCAGACAAAGCGGUCGAAGUGUACGAAAGUCUUUUGAACCGCCAUGACGACUACGCCGACGCUCGUGCUCGUCUAGCAUACAUAAAACUGCGACAAAGCCCGAACAAGGAGGGCCCUGACGCCGUUGCCAAGCUCUAUCAGGACAACCCUAGCGAUGUCGAAGUGCGUGCCCUUUACGGAUGGUACUUGGGAAAGCUUUCGAGAAAGCGGCCUGGCAAUAUUGUCGAGGACCCAGAGUUCCGCCACUACAAGCAUACUUUGCAAAACUACGACAAACAUGAUCGAUAUGCCCUGGUUGGUAUGGGAAAUCUUCAUAUGAUGCAAGCCCGCGAGAUGAGACGCGAGACAGAUGCCGACAAACAGAAGCGCAGUGCGGCCUAUGGGAAAGCUGUUGAGUUUUACGAAAAGGCUUUGUCAUUGGAUCCGAAAAAUGCGUACGCCGCACAGGGAGUCGCCAUCGCUCUGGUAGAAGAUAAGAAGGACUAUAAGAAUGCACUUGCCAUCUUCAACAAGGUGCGCGAUACCAUCAGAGAGCCUAGCCUCUAUGUCAACCUGGGCCACAUCUACGCCGAGCUGAAGCAAUUCUCCAAAGCCAUCGAGAGCUACGAGAUUGCCCUGUCGAAAGAAGGCAAGCACAAUGACCCAGUCAUCCUGGCCUGUCUUGGCCGUACCUGGCUGAAUCGGGGCCGCGCAGAGCGUGACAUUGAUGCAUAUGGCAAGGCCCUCGAAUGUGCUGAAAAGGCAUUGGAGGUUGCCCCUGACCAAGUUCACUAUAAGUUCAACGUUGCGUUCGUCCAGAUCCAGCUGGUGACCACCAUCCAGGGCCUGCAGGAGAACAGGCGCACGGCAGAACAGUUGGAGAAGGCAGCUAAGGGCCUCGAGGCAGCAAUCGAGUCACUGGAUGCUAUCGCAGCUCACCCCCAGACGCCGUACCCCAAGCAUGACGUCGAGCAACGUGCCAACAUGGCUCGAAACACGCUGCGCAAGCAGCUUGAGCGAGCCAUUGGGAAGCAAAAGGAGUGGGAGGAAGUUAAUAAGGAAAAGAUUGCUGCCGCACAGAGCCAGCGGGAAGCGGAGCUCAAGCGUCGCGAGGCCGACCGUGCCGCAAUCCUAGCCAAGGAAAAGGAACGCCAGGACAAAAUCCGCAAGGAGCGUGAAGAAAUGGCUGCCCAGGUCAAGCUCGAGACGGAGGAGCGUGAGCGAGAACUGGAGGCAGAGCGCACGCGUAAGGAGGGCGAAUUGACAGAGGACGAAGAGGGUAACAAGGUGAAGCGCAAGCGCAAGCCUGCCCCUCGCGCUCCCGGGGAGGGCCGGUCGAAGCGCUCCUCCAAGAAGAAGGGCGCCAAGGACGAUGACGAGGACUCUGACGAAGGCAUCCACGUUAAGAAGAAGCGCCGUCUGACGACGCGCGAAAGCUCCAAGUUCAAGUCGGCCGAGAUUGUCGUGGACAGCGACGAAGACGAGAACGGCGGCGGGGGCGGAGGAGAUGACGAGGACGAUGUCCUCGAGCGGGCGGACCGCAUCGGUCACUCCAGUCCGGCCGCCUCGGAGGCGGGCGAGAAUGAGUCCAACGCGGGCGUGGGCGACGACGACAAGAUGGACGUGGACGAUGCGCCGCGCGGGCAAGACGACGAUGACGACGAACCUGCACCCCGUCAGCCUGCCAAGAGGGCACGCCGCGGCCGGGUCGUCGACAGCGACGAGGAAGAGGACGAGUAA